AUGGGUAGGUUAUCAGAGAAUUUUCAUGCAGCCAUCUCAAAUUUCCCUGGAUGCUCAACACUUAGAUCGCACUUUUGUUCGGUUAAUGCUGAACAUAGUUUCGUUGAUCCUAACGCGGAAACGCUACCAGUAAUCGAAGUAGGACUUGAAUUGAGAACGGCAUUUUCCGCUGAACGCAAGUAUGCUUCUCGUCAAAGUCUGGACAAUGAGCUUAGCGCUGUGUUCAAGUAUGAACACAUUGUCCGAGACAAAAAACAUGCAUGUCGAUUCGAAGGGUAUGCAGGCAUAGUCAUUUCCCAGAAUACUGUAAGCUCACAAGAAUUCCUGCACUUUCUGUUCUUGGAAAACACAAGAGGCUCUAGUAUUGCAUCGGAAAUGAUUUACUUCCCAAGUGUUUUAAAUGUAUCUGAAAAAAUAAAGUAUGAAAUACAAGGCCGUGUUUACUCGUCUUUAUAUAAUGGUUCCCACUUUUACACAAUUUGUUUAAAAACUAUCGGAUGCAUCCCUUAUCUCGUAAGAAUUGUCAAUUCUAAAAAAAAAAAAUCUAGUCAGCAUCACCGCAGAUAA